UCCAGAGCUCCAGGACCCGGCCGCCUCUCCUGAUGCAGGCCAGAAAUUCUGUCUGCUUGGGGUGUCCGGGCUGAGCUGCCCCAUGCAGCGCCGGCUCCUCAGGAUCCUGGCGGGAGCCCUCUUCAGCCUCAUGUGCACAGGGCUCCUGUCCCUGCGGUACCAUUCGAGUUUGUCCCUGCAGGGGGUGUGGGUGACCCCUGAGCCCAGCCCCGGGCCCCCUGAGCUGCAGAUGCGUGACAUUUUCAUCGCGAUCAAGACCACCCGAGCCUUCCACCGCUCACGCCUGGAGUUGCUGCUGGACACGUGGGUCUCCAGGACCAGGGAGCAGACGUUUGUCUUCACGGACAGCCGGGAUGAAGGGGUCCAGGAACGACUGGGACCCCAUCUGGUGGUCACCAACUGCUCUGCAGAGCACAGCCACCCAGCCCUGUCCUGCAAGAUGGCUGCUGAGUUCGACGCCUUCUUGGCCAGCGGGCGGAGGUGGUUCUGCCACGUGGACGAUGACAACUACGUGAACCCGCCCGCGCUGCUGCAGCUGCUGGCCACCUUCGCCCCGGGCCGCGAUGUCUACGUGGGCAGACCCAGUCUGAACCGGCCGAUCCACGCCUCGGAGCCCAGGCCCCGCAACGGCACGAGGCUGGUACAGUUCUGGUUCGCCACUGGGGGCGCCGGCUUCUGCAUCAACCGCAAACUGGCAUUGAAGAUGGCUCCAUGGGCCAGCGGCCCCCGCUUCGUGAACACCUCUGCCCUCAUCCAGCUGCCUGAUGACUGCACGGUGGGCUAUAUCGUCGAGUGUAAGCUAGGCGGCCACCUGCAGCCCAGCCCCCUCUUCCACUCCCACCUGGAGACCCUGCAGCUGCUGGGGGUGGCCCAGCUCCGGGAGCAGGUCACCCUCAGCUAUGGUGUCUUUGAAGGGAAACUCAACGUCAUUAAGCUCCAGGGCCCCUUCUCCCCCGAGGAGGACCCUUCCAGGUUUCGCUCCCUCCAUUGUCUCCUCUUCCCGGAGACACCCUGGUGUCCCCAGCUGGUGGCCCGAUGAGCCUUGAUCUGCUGGCCACAGUUGGGCUGAAGCCUCUGGAGGUCUUCUGCCUCCUUGGGGACCCUGGAAAGUGUCCCCUGCUGGAAGUCCCAGGCAGGCUCCAGGUGGUGGGCAGGACCAGGACCUGGAUGGUGACAGUUGCUGGAGGUAUCCCCGCCACCCCCUACCCACACCCCCCACAGGCCUGGCAGCCCAGGUGGCCUGGUGAGGGUCCAAGAGCACUGGGGACUGGGCUCCCACCAGCUUGGGCAGCUGAACUGGACCAAGGUGGGAAGGAUGUCCUGAGCUGGGCUGAGGCCCAGGGACCCUGAGCCUCAGAAAACAACACGGGGCCUGGUCCCGACCCCAGUCAAUCCCCAGGAGUUCCAGUCUCGGGCAACCUACCCCUGGCUGAUCUGUCAGAGUCCCCAACAUCAGAGGGAUCUGGGCAGAAUAAGGGUAGAAUCCAGGACCAGUGGCACCUGGCUCCCCAACCCCACCCCCGGCCACAGAACUCAAGUCUAAAGCCUCCACGCACCCAGGCCCAGCCGAGGGACCGCCAUGGGUCCAGCCAAUCAUGGCAAUUCUUUUGCUCAUGUUCCCAGCCUCCCUUGCUGUUAAAGGGCUACCAAGGGACCUAGCUCUGGCUAGUAUGGACCAAACAAAGUCGGUAGAGAGGCUUCUGGGGAAGGUUAGGCAGCUCCGUACCUCAUCUUACUGACUUAAAUGUGGAUGGACACAAUCGCUGGAUCGGAGGCCAUCGCUUUGCCGCCACGAAGACAGGUCAAGAUAAGCCCUCCAGCCAUCCCCUCAGCUUCCAAUUCUGGAAGAAAAUUAAACUUGAAUUUGCUUAA